AUGAAAAACAUAUUUUUAACAGGCGGUAGCGGAUUUUUAGGAAAAUAUAUUAUUGAAGAGUUAGUAGAAAAUGGUUAUAAUGUUUUUGCAUUAAGUCGAUCAAACUCGUCAAGUAAAGUGAUGAGUCAAUUGGGUGCACAGAUUAAAAUGACCUCAUUGCAUGAUGAAGAAGGAUUAAAAGAAGCAAUUAAGGGAUGUGAUGUAGUUAUCCAUUGUGCAGCUAAAUUAGAAACCAACUCAGAUUCAGUCGAAGAACUAUACAGAGAUAAUUGUGAUGCAACAGAAUUAUUAUAUAAAGUCUCAAAACAAGUUGGUAUUAAAGUAUUUUUAUUUAUUAGUAGUGAAGGUGUUAUAAUGAAUGGUGAGCAUAUUAAUGAUGCUAGUGAGGAUACACCAUAUCCUCCAUUAGAACAACUCGGUUGGUAUAAUAAAAGCAAAGCAAUUUCAGAACAAUACAUAUUAAAUCAAUCAUCGACAUCAAAUGAAAAAAAUACAAACAGAAAUAGUGGUGGCAACAAUAUGAAGUCUAUUAUAGUUAGAUUACCUUUGGUUUGGGGACCAAGAGAUAAUGUUUUAGAUUACUUGGUAGGGCUAUGCAAUAAAUUUCAAUGGUUCUGGAUUGGAGGAGGAAAGAAUUAUUUAUCAAUUGUACAUGCCAAAAACGCAGCAUUAGGAAUAAGGUUAGCUUUUGAAAAGGGCGAUGACUCUGAUAUCUAUCAUCUUACCGAUGGACAACCAGUACAAUAUAGACAAUUUUUUACAGACCGUUUCUUAAAGAAAAAUGUUCAAUCUUGGAAACUUUAUAUGUCACUCCCAAUACCCUUUGCUUGGUUUUUAGUUUGGUUUAUGGCUAUAGUUUGGAAACUUUUCAACCUCAAAGGUUUACCAUUAUUAACAAAAACAGGUUUAAUUUAUUCAUCAAAAAAUUUUACAAUUUUAGAUUAUAAAGCAAGAAAUAAAUUAGGUUUUAAAAACAAAAUAUCUUAUAACCAAGGUAUGAGCGAAUUAUAA